UUUCGCUUUCAUUACCGCGUGCUGUACAGGAACAACUUGAGUUCUUCCUUUGUUAGAACAUGAGUGAAAGUAACCUUAAAGAAGGCAGUUACUCAAACAAUCAAGUUUUUAAAGACGCUGAAAAUCAAAUCAAAGAGGUCUGUGAAGUACUGCAAAGAGAAGCAACAAGACUUCGUCAGGAGCAAGAAGCAAUCGACGCCAUGUCGAAGAAAAUAGAUCAUGUCCACCUUACUUCGACAAUAAACCUCAAUAUUGGCGGCCGCCGUUUCACGACAAGUCUUCAAACCUUGACAAAGGAUCCAGACUCCAUGUUAGCUGCUAUGUUCUCCGGGAAGUUUGAGGUGAAACCAUCAGAAGACGGAGCUUUCUUUAUCGACCGAGAUGGCAAACACUUCCGGUUUAUACUAAACUAUCUCCGCGACGGAGAGCUGAUUGUACCAGAAGGCGCCACAUUUCUUAAGGAACUCGAAGCUGAAGCUAAGUUCUAUCAGAUUAAAGGGUUAUUGCGGGAGCUUAAGGAUAAAAUGCGGGAGUGUUUUGAAGAAUCAGUGAUACUAAUGAAUAAAGAGCACCGGAGCACGCUUACAGCUUGGUUGCCUCCACAAGACGGCAAAUGGAAGCUUCUGUUCAGAGCUUCUCAGGAUGGUUUCACAGCUCAAGCCUUUCACGGCAGAUGUGACAACAAAGGACCCACGGUUACCAUUGUCAAAAGCGGAAACAACAUUUUUGGAGGCUUCACGGAAAAUUCAUGGCACAGUCAGGGUAUUUACGUGCAAUGCUCACAGUCAUUCGUAUUCAGCAUGGUGAAUCCUCAAGGAAUGGCUCCGAGUAAAAUGCCUCUUGAAAAAAAUCAGCAAAAUGCCAUUUACUGUAAAAGCGACUAUGGACCAACAUUUGGAGGAGGGCAUGACUUCCAUAUAUCAAACAACGCUAACACAAGUGGUUCAAGUUACAAUAAUCUCGGCUACUCGUAUCAGCUUCCCACCGGACAGCAGAACACAUUCUUCACGGGAGCUCGAAAUUUUCAUGUGACGGACUACGAAGUCUUUGGAAUCUGUUAAUGACAGCCGUCACAAACAUUUCGGAAACCAGCAAGUUAAACUUCACAAUAAUUUGAACGACCUUCACGGUUAUAACUUUUUUUGAAAGGUUAACUUUUAUUUUCAUUUUUUUCAUCAAAAAGCAUUAUUUACAUCUGUCCGAAGCUAAAGAAAAGGACAACAAGAUUCCCGUAGAAAACCAUACUACACUAUCAGACUACGUCUAUACGGAAAUCUUUUCAAGCAAAGUUCCACACUUCGUUACACAUACUGCUAUUAGAUAAAGAAAAGCAAUGACAAAACAGUAGAUUUCCUUUUUAUUUGAGAUUACAGCCUUGUUUUACUGAAUAGUAUUGGGUUAUACGGAAAGCUUUCCAGUUGUUUGGCUGACGGAAAAGAAGCCGUCACAAGCACUGAUGCAAAAUCUGUUCAACGCUGUUAUUUAUGGUGGAUAGCGGGAGCCAUUCAAUACAAUUAAAUCCCUAGAUAAUAAGUGUGUAGAUAAGCCGUAAACGAUCCAAUCAUUCAUAAACUUUUUUCACUUGUGCACUCGUUUCACCGAUGGAAAAGAGCCGGAUGAAAUAAAACUAACAAAACUAGGAUUUGCUAGGCCGUUCUUCAUGGAGCUUAAUAAAUAUACUGUUGACUUGACGGUGGUGUAUUCAAGCGAAUCGCCAGACUUUCGAUUACGAUUCUUGCUGUAAGAAUAAAACUUUAAAUUUAUGAAGCUGUUUAUAUCAUCGGACGAAUGCUGCCUACCGCACUGAU